UUUCUGUGUGAAGGUAAUGCUGAGUUUAUACCUCGCUAGUCCACACGAGGGAGUUGUUGCUUAUUGUACUUUUUCCAAGCAGCAACACCAUCACGUGACCAGCCCUACAUGUCCGCUGUACACAUGAGAGUCCACAUGCGAGAGAAGAAAAACAAACAUGAAGCGACGCAAGAGAAGUGCUGUGUGGGAACAUUUCACCCUAAAAGAGGACGAUGCAACGUGCAAAAUAUGUAAGGCUGUUUUGAAGUACAACAAUUCAACCAGUUCGUUAAAUUACCACCUAAAAAGUUUACAUGCCGCUGUGCUUGGAGGAGAGAGUGGAGGCGGAGCACGGCCAGGCCAGCCCUCCGUCGCCGAAGCGUUUUCCAAAAGAAAAGCGGUGUGUGAUGACGCACGGGCAGAGGGCAUCACCCAGAGGAUUUGCAACAUGGUUGAAAAGGAUAUGCUGCCUAUAAGCAUUGUGGAUGGCAAGGGGUUUCGUGAGUUGAUGAACUAUUGUGAGCCAGACUACCAAAUCCCUUCUCGAGAAACAAUAACAACCCGCAUAGAGGCUCGCUACAAAAGAAAGAAAGCCGAGCUGAAAGCACGACUGGCCAACACGCAUGUAGCAAUAACCACUGACUGUUGGACGUCAAAUACAACAGAGAGCUAUAUCACCGUCACUUGCCACUACAUGGAGGACUGGCUGAUGAGGUCGGCAGUCCUAGCCACAGAGAGUAUGCCGAUGAGCCAUACGGCUGAUAAUUUAGCAGAACGGCUGAAUGAAAUUGUGCAUGCAUGGGGGCUGACCGGGCGAGUGAUAGCCUGUGUUCACGACAACGCGAGUAACAUCGUCUUAGCAAACAGCCAACCUCGAGUCGACUGGGCCUCUGUUCCAUGCUACACCCAUACCCUACAACUGGCCAUCAACGAUGGUUUCGCUGGGACCCUGCACCAAGUCAUCGCAGCUGCAGGAAGAUUGGUCAAACACUUUAAGCACAGCACUAAAGCCACCAAAGCGCUGGAAACCAAGCAAGGCCAAAUGGGCUUGGAACGCCACCAGCUCAUUCAAUCCUGCAAAACGAGGUGGAAUUCAGUCUGUGACAUGUUUGCGAGACUGGUGGAGCAGCGGUGGGCGGUGUGCGCCGUACUAUCAGACCGCACGUUCACCAAGCUGUCUGAUGCUCGGACACUUGAGAUCAGAGACGACCACUGGAAAAUCAUGGAGGAAAUGGGCCCUGUUCUAGUCGCUCUGAAGACAGCAACUACCGUGAUGUCUACAGAGACUGAGGUGUCCAUAUCCAACACGUAUCCCAUCAGCUUCGGUUUAAUCGACGUGCACCUCAAGAAGAGAGUCGAGGGAGACUCAGGCAAAGUGGCAGAAUUCAAAUCUAAAGUGGCUGCUUCACUGAGCAGACGGAUGAAGAUUGCAUCUGAUGACUUCCUAACAUCAACCCCAAUGAUAGCAACGAUGGUGGACCCUCGGCACAAGCACCUGUCAUUUCUCAGCCCAGCCAGGAGGAUUUCAGCAAAUGCCAAACUGCUUGAACUGGCUCAAACAGAAGAUGUGAGCUCCACAUCCACAACAGCAGAUGGAGCAAGCUCUGCCUCUGCCAGUACCACUGGAGAGGAGGAGGAGGGGGCUCAGCCAGACGUGCCUGUCCAGGAAGCUGCACCACAGAGACACACAUCUGCUAUGGUUCAACUCCUGGGUGCCUACUACACCAACCAGGUCACUAAUGAUGUGGAGAGAGAGCUGGACAGUUUUCUGAAGGAUGCUGUGCCAAACCUUGAUUCUGAUCCCACAGAUUGGUGGGGAAAAAAUGAAGCAAGGUAUCCGAGGUUGGCAAAAGUGGCAAAACGAUACAUGUGUAUCCCUGCUACAUCAGUGCCUUCUGAACGCGUGUUCUCAGCAUGUGGCCUUACUGUAACCAAGCUGCGCUCACGGCUCACACCUGAGCAUGUAGACAUGCUCAUAUACUUGAAUAAAAAUGAAUAAGCAAUUGUACCCAUGGGCCAUGUUACAUGUAUGAGGCAGAGAGCCUUCUCUAAAAUGUGACUUUUCCCUUUGUUAAAAUUUCAAUUGUCCACCUGCCUGAUGAUCUAAAUAUUAAGUUGAUUGUUGUAGCCAGGGUUGGCUAAACUUGGCUUGCUUAAUAUUUUACUAUCACGAUCACCAUUGUCUUUCAGGAAUGUUUACUUGAAGUUGUUGUCAGCCUGUUUCAAGCUGACUGAUUAUUACAUUAAUGUUUACACUAAUAGUUUGUGAGAGACAAACUAAGAUGGGCAUAGUGCAUGCACUUUAUUUUAUUUUAUGCAGUGACAUGUUUUUCAUUCAGUUCUUCUGUCAGCCUCACUUGAGCCCAAAUGUUAAGUUGAAUCAAUGACUGUUCUUCUGCAGCAGGCUUAGGUUUACUUAUUUUGCUGUUACUUACAAUUUCAGGGAUGUCUGCCUUAUAUUUUUUCAAGUUGACUGUCAUAUAGGCACUUUUCCCAGUUCAAGAGGGAUUCAAUUAAUGUUGCAGCUUGCAGGCUGCUAGCCUUCUAAUAGUUUGUGAGACAGACUAAGAUGUGCAUUGUGCAUGUUGUGCACUUGAUGUUACUUUAUUUUUCUUGUCUUUACAGUAGUGAGUGAGUGACAUGUUUUUUCACUUCAGUUCUUGUCAGCCUCACCUGAGUCCAAAGGUGAAGUUCUGCAGCAGACUGCAACAGCCAACAGGCUUACUUAUUUGCUGCCUGCUGUUACAAUUUUCAGGGAUGUCUUCCUUGUAUUUUUUCAAGUUGACAGAUAGGCAUUAGGCACCUUUCCCAGUUCAAGAGGGAUUAUAUAAAAUAAAGCUAGC